AUGUCAGGCAACAACACCACCUUCGCGCUUGCCCUUCUCGUACUCCUGGCGGCCAUCGGCUGCUACGCACUCCCGGCCACUGCUAACGACACCGCCGACACUGGUGAGGUCUCGGCCUGGUCGGCCUUCCUGGAGCCGGUGGCCGACUUGUGGUCGGCGGGUUUGGGCUACAACUUGCGCGGCCGCGAGCAGCAGGUCGGACUCUACGACGAUGAAGACGAGGACGGUGCGCGCGUGUACUCGACGAGGCAGCGCGGCGGCGAGAACGGCGGCGGUGUGUGCGACCCCGACGCGACCACUGUGUGUAGCGGCCACGGCUGGUGCACGGACGAAGUUUGCGUCUGCAAGAAGGGCUGGACCGGCUACCAGUGCCAACACGAGCGCAAAUCUAAGACGACGGCGUUCCUGCUUGAGUUCUUCAUCGGUGCGACUACGGGCGCCUCGUCCUUCUACCUGGGCUACAUCGGCCAGGGCGUGGGCAAGCUCGUCAUGACAUGGAGCUCCUGCGUCCUCUUCUGCAUCUCCGGUUGCAUCAUGAAGACUUGCAUGUACAGGGGAGCGGGAAGGGGUAACAAGAUUGCUUCUGUUGUGGGGGGAGUGCUGCUCAUUCUUCCUCCCCUGGGUCUCAUCGCUGUCAACAUCUGGAGCCUGGUGGAUUGGAUCAUGAUCCUGACCGAUGACCUAAAUGACUAUGAUGGGUACUAUCUCGAGGGCUUUGACUCUUAG